AUGGAGAACUGCAACCACGACGAUAAGCUUAGGAGUUUGCGGAAUCUUGUGGUGAAACUUUCCGAAGAGAUUGAUUACAAAAACUUCAGGUUGAUGGAAUUAGAAGAAAAGAACACUUUAGACAUAGAAAACUGGAUGAAGGAGAAAGAAAAGUUUUCUAUUGAGAGAUCUGCAGCAUUUAGUGUAUUGGUGUCCGAGAAUGUGGAUAAAGAUAUAUUACUUGACGAGAAAUCUGAACACAUUGCUGCUUUGGAAGAAGAGAGAGAACAUAUGCUUUGUGAGACCAUAAAAAAUAUGAACACAUUGAAGGAAGAGUGUGAGAGGCUGAUCACCGAGAAAUUUGCAGUCAUCAACACUCUGAAGGCACAAAAUACAGACAAAGAUAGGCUACUUGAAGAGAAAGAACAGCUGCUUAUUGAGAAGUUAAAAUGCAUCAACACAUUGAAGGUAGAAAGAGAAUGGCUUAUUAAUCAGAAAUCUGCAACAAUCAGCACCUUGAUGGAGCAAAAUGCAGAGAAUGAGAUGCUUAUUAAGGAGAAAUCUGCUGUGGCUAACAAGUUGACGACAGAGAAGGAUCAAUGGCACGAAGCUUUUUUAAGAGGUACUAGUUGA